UGAUCAGCUUGAAUUGUCCGAAUUCCAAUCGACCUUACGCGAGCCAAGCUCGUCGUGACAUGGUUCGUUUGGCUUUGUUCGAAUCGGAAAACCGAGCCGUGUCAUAAAACGCCGGAACUAUCCUUUGUUCCACCUCUUUGUAAACAGACUUGGGACCUAUAUCUUUCGCAGCCUCUUCCCAAAGCCGAAAUCUCCCUACCAUCUUCAAGCACAACCUCCUAUUCUUCCAUCAUGACUUCCUACGCAGCGAAGCUUGUGGCCAAAAGAUUCUUCAAGGAGAAUGUGGCCAACCAAAAUGGUCACCAGGAUCCUUACUUCGAGACUGUCCCAGCAACCAGACUCGGAGGCCUCUAUAAGACCACCAAGAAGCAGCGCAGGGCUCUUCCGCCGGGCCUGACACCUGAAGAAGAGAAAAUCCUGACAAAGGCAAAGAGAAGAGCCUACCACAUCGACCUGUCACUCGGAAACUUUUGCGGCACGAGAUUUGGCUAUGGCGCAAUCAUUGGCUUAAUCCCAGGUCUAGGAGACGCUAUGGAUCUUGCCCUGGCCUACAUGGUAUACCGCACGUGUUGCUCGGUCGAGGGAGGAUUGCCAGAGUCUCUGAAGAUGCGCAUGUUACUGAACAUGGCUGUUGACUUUGGAAUUGGCUUGAUACCCUUUAUCGGAGAUAUCGCAGACGCGGUGUUCAAGUGUAACACCAAGAAUGUGGUUUUGCUUGAGAAAGAGCUGCGGGAACGUGGCAGGAAGAGGCUUAAGGGGACUCCGCAAGCCAACAUCGCAGAUCCGAGUUUGCCAGAUGAGUACGAUUACCAGGGUGAAGAGGGGCGGUUGAACGCGGAGAAUGGUCCACCACCGAGAUACACCUCUCAACGCGACGCGAGAAGAGCGCAGCGCGACCGCACAGCCGACGUCGAGCGUGGAGAGGGAGCGCCACCGCCAAUGCCGGCUCGAACUCGUUAAUUUGCAGGAAAUACUGACUUGGAGUUCGAUUGUGACGGGGAUGGCGUUUUAUACAGCAUGAUACCUAGUACCAGCGUUCCGUUAAAAUUGAGCGACUC